CUACUGAGGGGCUCGGACGGGUGUCGUCGUCCUCCAGAGCCGCCGCUGCCACCAUGUCGGAGCCGGGGCACUUGGGGGUGAAGCGGGCCGAGUCGGCGAGGCUCCGGCGGGCGGAGCAGCUGAAGCGCUGGAAGGGCUCCUUGACCGAGCUGGAGCCGGUGACUCCCGCCCGGAGCCGGCACCGUGGCGGGGCCCGCGUUCGCUUCGAGGACGGCGCCGUCUUCCUGGCCGCCUGCUCCAGCGGCGACACCGACGAGGUGAAGCGCCUGCUGGCCCGCGGAGCCCGCCUCAACACGGCCAACGUGGACGGGCUGACGGCGCUGCACCAGGCCUGUAUAGAUGAGAACCUGGACAUGGUAAAGUUUCUGGUAGAAUAUGGAGCCAAUGUAAAUCAGCAAGAUAACGAGGGCUGGACCCCACUUCAUGCGGUUGCAUCUUGUGGCUAUCUGAACAUAGCAGAGUACUUGAUAGGUCAUGGGGCCAACGUAGCUGCUGUGAACAGUGAAGGUGAAGUCCCAUCUGACCUUGCAGAGGAAGCAGCCAUGAAGGAUUUGCUCUUGGAACAAGUAAAGAAACAAGGACUGGAUAUUGAUCAGGCAAGGAAAGCAGAAGAGCAACAGAUGCUGCAGGAUGCACGGCAAUGGCUAAACAGGAGGAAAAUUGAAGAUAGAAAGCAGCCCCGAACUGGUGCUACUGCUCUCCAUGUAGCUGCAGCCAAGGGUUACUCUGAGGUGAUGAGGCUCUUGAUCCAAGCUGGCUUUGAUGUGAACAUCCAAGACAAUGAUGGCUGGACUCCACUCCAUGCUGCUGCACACUGGGGAGUGAAGGAAGCUUGCUCUAUUUUGGCUGAAGCACUCUGUGAUAUGGACAUCAGGAACAAGCUGGGUCAGACACCAUUUGAUGUUGCUGAUGAGGGUCUGGUGGAACAUUUAGAGAUGCUGCAGAAGAAACAGAAUAUGCUGCGUAGUGAGGAGACAAGAAACAAGCUAAUUGAUUCUGAUAUGAAUGGGAAACUUCAAAGCGGACUCUUCAAAAACAAAGAGAAGAUUCUUUAUGAGACAGAUACUCUGAAAUCCCUACAAAGAGAAGAGGAAAACAAAGAGUCCAGUAGCUCCAGCUCUGAGGAAGAGGAAGAAGCUGAGGAAGACGAAGCUUCAGAGUCAGAUACUGAAAAAGAGGCAGAGAGAGAGGAAGAGCCCAUUGCCAACCAUUCCAACCAUGAACCCAGAAUUCUCAUCACAGAACAAGUGCCGCCACCAGAGCAUAACUCUUUCACUACGGCUCCUGCCAGGAAAUUUGCCCCAUUGCUCAACAAGUCUGAAGAGCAAAAGGAUGAAUCUCCCUCCUCGUGGAGGCUGAGCCUGCGAAAAACCAGCAGCCAAAACACGCUUAGUGAAGGCAGUGUUCCUCGUGACACGCUGAGAGAAAAGGGUGACUCCAUCUAUCGCUCCUCCUCAACCCCUCGGAUUUCUGCACUAUUAGACAACAAAGAGAAGCAGGACAAGGACAACAAAAUCUAUUUCGCUUCAAUAGCCCCUCGAAGGUUAAACAGUACAGGUGACAUAGAAGAAAAGGAAAACCGAGAGUCUGCUGUUAAUUUGGUACGGAGCGGUCCUUACAGCCGGCAACCGUGGAGGGAUGAACCAAAGGGAAAUGAAGCCCCUGCAAGCGGUGCACCUUCCACCUAUGUAUCUACCUACAUGAAAAGUGCUUCAUUUGGUAGAAGUAGUGACCUCAGCAGUCCCUAUAUUUCAGCCAAUCGCAAUGCAUCUUCUACUACCUCACUCACUUCCCUUGGUUCAUCUACCUCAUUGGGCACAGAGUGGCAGCUUGCCUCUCGCCCCUCAUCUGUCAGUUCUAACACUACAGCACCAGUCCGACAUUAUACCAGAUCCCCUUACCGGCAACCAACUGACUCUACUGUAGAGAAGAGCACAGAGGGCAACUCUUCUAGCAUUCCGUUAAGUGCCAUAACAAAUCUCACUGUUCCCAGUAGUGCCAACGGUGUUACAACUGCCAACUCCAAUUCAUUGACUGGAACAGAGACCUCUGCUGGUGAUGCCAAGGAUCGCAGAAGGUCAUAUCUGACUCCUGUACGGGAUGAAGAAGCAGAGUCUCUAAGAAAGGCACGCUCCAGGCAAGCUCGCCAAACUCGCAGGUCUACUCAGGGUGUAACACUUACAGAUCUUCAGGAGGCAGAGAGAACCUUCAGCCGAUCUCGGACAGAGCGGCAGACUCAGGAACAGCCAAGUGAAAAAUCAGAAAGAAUUGAAGCAACUGAGGAGGACAGUGAAAGACAGGAAGACACUACAACAAGGGAACCCAGAGAGAGCCGUUCACGAUGGAGUAGAAACGUGGAUGAAGAGUCUGUUGGUCGUCGAUUGAGGUGCUCAGCACAUGAAGACAAACCCACAAGUCCCGUCUCUCCUUCAUUAGCUCCUUACCUUUAUUCAAGUUCUCAACUGCCCAGGACAAGUAGAUGUGUAUCUUCUGAUGCAGUGAGCCCAGCAGACUUUCAAAGUACAUCUACCAACGACAUGGAGAAAAAUGAAUAUGGAGAUCAGGAUCUGGAUGACAAAACUUCAAACAAGCAGUCAAUUAGGGAGAGGCGACGACCGAAAGAGAGAAGAAGAGGCACAGGAAUUUCUUUCUUUACACAGGAAGAUGAGGAAAUGGAUGGUACUGAAGAAGCAAAGGAGGAUAGGCAUGAAAGACUUUCCAGGUUAGAUGCAGCAAGUUCAAGCACUGGCACCAGCGACACCUACGGUGAUCGACCGACAGGCCGCAGCAGCGCCUACACCAGAAGAGAGAAUCGUCUGGCUGCCCUUAGCAGCAGAACCGAGGAUGACAGUAGCAAAGAUUAUAAAAGACUCUAUGAGGGUGCCCUGACUGAGAAUCAGAAGUUGAAAUCAAAACUGCAAGAUGCCCAGGUGGAGCUCUCCGAUAUCAAGUCAAAAAUGGACAAAAUAGCACAGCAGAAGCAAGAAAAAACCUCUGACCGUUCGAGUAUGCUUGAGAUGGAAAAAAGGGAGAAACGAGCCCUUGAACGGAAGCUCUCCGAAAUGGAGGAAGAGAUGAAGGUUUUGACAGAGCUGAAGUCAGACAAUCAGCGGCUGAAAGAUGAAAAUGGAGCACUUAUCCGGGUCAUCAGUAAACUGUCGAAGUAGUAUAUUGAGCAUAGGCUGGGCAUAAAGAGGAGAUUCCUGUGCACAAACUGCCAACCUUGCCACCUACUUCUGAUCUUCCAGUUGAAAGAACUGCUGGCAUUUCAGACAUGGAUCAGUUGGCCACACACACAGCUCUUUGCACCUUGCUGGCUAUUCCCAUAUUGCACAGUGCUUAUCCUGCCCCAAACACAGCAUACCCCACCACAUGUUAUUAUUUUUGGAAUGUUGAAAUAACUCAUUCAGAGGGACAAAGACUGAGUUGGCACCGUCAUAGGUGCCCAACCUAUCUGCUGUAAGUCCCAUAUCCGUCCAUCAUAAUCUGACAUAAAGAAGCAUCUACUGUACUAAAUGAUAUAGAAGUGACUGUAUGACAUUGACCCAACGUGUCUUAAGAUACUGUCUUGAAGUAGGAAUAGGGAGUGAAACUGGGAAUUAUCAUUGAGGAUUUGUCAAUCUCCCUUCUGGAAUUUGGAAGUCUGCAGCCUGUGGAAACCACAGUAACUUAUUUCUCUGGGAGUCUGACAACGGUUACUUAGCUUGGAGAGUCAUGUUCUCCACAUGUCUCAGUAGUUGACUGGUUAUUUAAUGUAAAAUUUUAAAUCUAAUUUAAUUUUGGGGGCCAAUCAGUGGUUUCCCAUUCUGUUUUGCUUCACUUUUGCACACUCACACCAAGAUGCUUCCUGCUGUUCCCUUCCAUGGUUGCCUUCUCUGGUACUGUUUAGUAAUAAUGUGGUCUUAUAACCUCUGCAUUCUUGGCUAUCACUUUUUCCUCUUGACCUUUCAAGAAGUCUAGGGGCAAGACAGCUAACCAGCAAAGAUUGCUUAUUGAAUUUCCAGUUGUAUAAAAUAUUCAUGCAGGUAUCUCUCUGCACAAGAGACGAACAUAACUUUUUAUUAGCAAGGCGACUCAAUUUUCUGUGAAAUGACAAAAUUGCAUGAAAGGCCCUGCAAACUACCUGGGCAAACAAGUCAUAUUUCUGAUCAUUUUCAAAUGGAUGCAAAAUCAAUUGAAGAUGAGAGUAUUCUCAAUUUGUAAAGCAAAGGAAGGUUGAUGAAUAGAUGUGCUUAUCCCAGUGGAAGAUGAUGACCCUUGAUCUUGUGGGAAGCCUUGACAAAAGUACUGCAUAAUGCUUAAUACAGUAGCAAAAUAUGGAUGAGUCAGCAUCUAAUGAGGACAUCAACAACAGAAUCUGCUAUGUGCAUACUGGAAACGAAUGAAUUAACUUUUAUGGAUUCUCAGAAUGUAACUGCUUCAGACACUGUGUUCCUCUACAAAGAACCAGAUUUCAUCUGCGGAACCUAUUAAGAAGGUUUCUUGCCAAUAUUAUGACACCUUGCCAAUGGGCUUGGUCUCUGUUUUCAUUGUGUUCUUUUUCUUCCAAAGCAUGGUAACAAUUUUGUGAAGCUGCAGCUUUGCUCUAGCUUUAGUUAGUCCUGACUGGUUAGAAAGGGACCUUUGGGGUAUGAGAUUAAUAGGUAAAAUGAGCAAUACAGGUAUUUCUCUCAGCAUUGCUUAGUGUGGCAAAAUGCAUGAUCCAAGUUUGACUCCAUGGGUGGCUUUCCUUCAUAUUUUAGCUUUUCCCUUUCCAUGUGUAUGUAUUCCCUUCAUUCCCACCAGCUGUGAAGAACUAAAUGGAAUUCUGUUAAGAACCAAUGAUUAUGACUUCUGAGUUAACCAAUUAAGGUGCUUGCUUCUGUACAAAGGUUUCAAAUUAUAGAAGGGUGAACAGAUUUUUACUUGCCAACCUUGAGCAAAGGGAAGUAGAUCCUGAGUUCUUCACAUACCAUUGCCUUUCCCCCUUUUUUCCGAAGGGGGGCUGCUGAUAUUCUGUAUCCUCUUUGGAACAUCAGAUAGUCAGGAUUCAGGAUGGAUCAAAAUAUUAUUUGAUACAAUUCCACAUUCUUUACUGUUGUUCAUUGCUUUUUGAAAUCCACAUUUUUAUAUAUAUGUUUGGUAUCUUUUGACACUUCUCUUACUGUCCAAUUUGUUUCAGACCUAGGCUGGACCAGGGUAGGGUGGGUGAGGAUUGCUUUCCCUACUGUGGAAUCAUAAAGCAUCUCCUACUGUUCAGAGAGGGGGCUAAUGUAUGUGCUGAUCUCUCUAGUGCUUAUAAUCCACUUUGUAGUAAUUCCUGCAUUCUGCUAUUGCCACUUCUUCCCUGGAGUCUAGCAGGUUAAACAAAACUCACAGUUUUAAUGUACACAACCUUAAUGACAAAAGAUUAUGAUAGCUGAUAUAGCAUGAAGAAUGGUGCCAUAGAAAGUCAAGACUUUUAACAUUGGAAUUUGAUACAUAAACUUGAAUUCUGUUUAAGCUGAAAAUUGUGUGAACAAAUUAAUAUUGUUGACAAGGCAAAACACUGGCUAAAAUGUAGCACUAUGGAAAAAAGGUAAAUCAGAUUAUUUCAUGAAGGUCAUUGAGAUGAAUGCAGCAGCAAGGUGUUCAGCAUCUUGAUAUUCUGGGCAGCAAGGUAUGCAUUCUGAUAGUACUUUCUUAUUUUAAUAUUUAAGUUUGUCUUCUUUAAGAAGACCUCAAGGCCUCCGAAUCAAUCACUUGAACCCCAUUUUUAUCCCAGCACUGUAGUAAACACUGGCCUGAUUCAGGUGGUCAGACCUUGGCUUAAUAAGCUGAGAUAUCAAUAAACAUUUUGUCCACGUAUGUAGCCCUUUCAAACCUCCCCUUCGUACAUGGCAUGAUCAAACUAGGAAAUUGCUAACUAUAGUUUCCAAUUUCGACUCAACUGAAAAACUAUGGUUAUCAACUUCAGAACAAGACAUAAUCUUAAGUCACAGAUUGAAGUUGGUUUAAGUUUCUGCCUUGUUCCAAAACUGAUUCACGUUGAUCAGGAAACUAUGCUUAACUAGAAACUUCUUGGUUUAAUCAUGGCUUAAGCAAAUGGGUUGAAUAUAUAGGCAAAAGUCCUGUUUAUAUCUUGGUGAAUGACUUAAUCGAUAUGAUUUUUAACAGAUGGAGCAAACUUUCCUGAAGAAUUCAUGAGUACCUGCUCAUAAGCAGAUUCAUGCCUGUUUUUAAGCAAAUCUGGAGAGAAAAUAUUACUACUAAUGAAUGGUGAUUGUUUCGUAUUGGUAGAUUUUAGAGUUCGGAAGGCUUUUAUAUAACGUUAUAAUUGUGCAGUUUGCUAGGACAUUCUCUGCAUAAAUUUCAAAUUAUGUGGAUGAAACAUUGAAAGUUUAUUCUGCAAUGUGAAACAGGGCUUUCAAGCUUGUGGGCCCAGGUAGGUUUUCCUUUAAAAUAGGAAAUGGACCGUUCUGCCUUACUACUUUCUAACUCGCAAAAGCUUUCACAGCUAAAUGUACAUCACAAGAUGUACUUACAUGCCUAUGGUCUUAACUUCUUCCACAUCUGUGUCGAAGUUCCUAUGUAACUUCUUUGACUUAAGAAGCAUAGCUUAGAGUAGGAAAGAAACAGGACAUGGGUUUCAUUACUUGCCAAUGAUGAAGGUAAGGUUUUCGGUGGACAACUUGUUGGUCAAAGCAAGGUUUCUGAUGAAACUAGAGGUGUGCAAAAAGGACUAAGUUGAGGAAACAAGUGCAAAUAAGUGUGAAGUCUGGUGAGAUUGUUUUGUGGUUGCUUGGCUUGUGUUAAGAGGGACUCUGAUGCAUUUUAGUAAGAUGGAUGAGCCACUGUUAUUAUAUGAGAAAAAACUUAACAGUGAAUGGAAAACCAUUUCAGAUGGGGUGCAGAGAUAUAGCUGCAAGAGCAAGUGGACUUGACUUCAUCGGUAUUUAGUGACAAUUGAUGUUGUACAGUAUGGUAGUAUAUGCUCUCCAUAUCCAUAUUGAUUUACUGUUUAACAGAGGGAAUUAACUGAUGAAGCAAGAGACCUGACCAGGUGUGUUUCAACCAGUCAGGGAGCAGCUUACCUCCAGGAAUGCAGAGUUUAUGAAUGCACUGCAUUCUGUCAAAUAAGCUAAUUUCAGAUUGGUUAAUGUUUUUCACUCCACAUGGACUUAAUUUUGAUUAUUGGAAGCCAGCCUAUUGUAAUCUGAUAACAUAGUUAUUGAUACCAUAGCACUUCCUUUCUUUUAAGGCCUGUAGAUGUAACCCAGUCUUGGAUGUUCAGUUAAAACUCUUUUUCCCAUGGAGUAAGGUGAAAUUCUAUUUGCCAAUAAAUCAAAUCACUGGAAAUAAGUUAUAUGCAACCCCCUGGCUGUGCUUGAGUAGUGAAGAGACUUAACAUUUGCUUUUCAUUGAGGGAAGGGAAGGUCUGUUCCUGGCUGAACUGAUGAGACAAUGCGAAACAUUUAGCUUAAAAUGUAUUGUGCCACAGUGGUCUCUAAUGAAUUCCCAGGUUAGUCAGCUUAAUGUGUGAGUGUAAAUGGCAGAGAGCAAAAUGUAGACCUUUUCCCCACUUAUACCUGAUACAUUAUGACUUCAGUCUCUUUCUCUCCCAGCUCCCACCUAUUCAGUAGAUGAAAGGUAGCUAAGGCCUGGGACUUGCUGUCAAUAGGUUGUGUCCAGACUUUGACAUACUUAGUAUAGAUCAUUGAAAUUGAUGUGAUUUAAGUUAGUUGUGAUCAGCUUAAGCCCCAUUGACUAAGAAUGAUUGUCUGGAUCCAACCCUAUGAAAAGAAAUCAGUGCUGAAAUAAAAAUACACUUGAAAAGAUUUCUGUUGUAUCAUGUUUGCUUAACACCAUAACCCAGGGGUGGUGAGUCAUUUCGGAUCUGGGGCCAGAUUGCCCUCCAGAUGUCAGGGGCUUAUGGUAUUUUUUCAGAAUUGGAAAGAUGUCAGUACAUGUCUGGAAGAUUGUCUGAAUCCUGUAGUUGGGUGUUUAUUAGUACUUGAAAGUGAUAUUUUUGUAGGACUUCCCGCAAGUGAGUCAGUUGACAGGCAUCUCCAUUCCUCACUUUGCACUCACAUUGCUGCAGCUUUUAUAUUGCCCUUCUGUAUUUUUGCUACUGGUUUUGGUGUAGGUUCCUUUUCAGCAUGCUUUUAUCUUUGUUUUCGCCAUUCUACUUGGUCCACUGCCUUAUUAGCCCACCUGAUGAGCAGGGCAGCUCCUGAAUUUGAAGCCCAGCACUUGGUGGAUGUAGACCUCCCUUUAGAGAUAUUAAGAAUGCAAAGUAGGGGCCUCUUUCAAAAGGCGACUACACAUUAAUUUCAAGUUUUCAAACCCACCCACCCUAGAGACUUUUUAUUGAAUUAUUUGUGUUUGGAUCACCUUCAUGUUUGAAAUCUUUUUGCGUGAUUCGGCUAGAGGCAGCAUGUUCCAAGAAAGGGGGUUGUGGCUUUUUGUGGGUUUUUCUACCAAGAUCACUCCAUAGCAGCUCGCAGGUGAAAUCAACCCAGCUCCCAGGGCCAGUGUCUUUCCCCUGACAAAUAUCCUGUCCUUUCCUGGGGCAACUUGGACCCUUGGUGAAUGUAACUUUCAGGGUGUUCUCGCUAAAACCUCUUGAGCAACAGCAGGGCCAAAGCCCUUGCCACGAGAUCUGUUGUGCUUCCCCCACCCUACCCCUCUUUAGCUUGUGCUGUUGAGGAGUCUAAUAUAACAGGUCCUCUCUGCAAAUGCUAACUCCUGGAAAAGCGAUGGUGGUGUUCUGCUGUUGGCUCGCUAACUUCCCAUGUGCAAGUAUUCUGUACUUACCUGUUUUAAGGAGAGUUUUACAGAUCUUUGUAAAUACAGUACUUGGAUAAAAGACUAGCCUGUGAGUGAUGGAAAAGAAUGUAUUUUUAUGCAACUUUUUGAGUGGCCUUUCAAACUCUGAGAUGAAUGAUUUUUGUUUUCCUGAUUGUUAUAUAGUAUUCUAAGUAUUAUAUGUUUGAAAGUUUGGGAAUAAUAUUCACAUCUAUGAUGCUUGUAAACACAACAGUAUUUAUAAAUGAAUAAAAUAAGUGCUUUAAGUCUG